ACCCCCAACUUUCCUCACCCCUAGGCGCUGGCGGUGCUGCAUUCCCGAACUACCGAAGUCAAUCGGCGGCGGCGCGGCGCCUGCACGUCGACGGCUGCCUUCUCAAGCGCGGAGCCUGCACAUCGGCGGCUGACUUGACCCGCGUACGCCCCACCUUCCUAGCUUCUCCUGCCCCGCUUCAUCCACCCCGCUGCUCGGCUGCGCCGUCCUGCCCCGCGACGCCGGAGAACUCCGGCGGUUGCCUCUCUUGCUCCCGCACGCCGCACCAGCCUAAGCUCUGCCGGCUGACUGAGGCAAGCUUCCCCUCCUCUUUCCGCCGAGGAGGAGAUGGCGCCACUCGCACCCAAGCGCCGCAAGGCAGCACCUUCCCCUUCUCCUCCCCUUUCGGAGGCUUCUUCCGACUCCGGCAGCGACUCCGACCUCAACCUCCACGACAACUCCGACCCAGAGGACGGCUUCUUCCCCGCAGGGAGCGCUGCCAAUGACGGCGACCAAGAUUUCUCUGACAGCGACGAGGAGAGCGACCAUGAGGAGGAGAGCGACCAUGAAGAGGAGGAUGAUGGUGAGCUGGGGGAGCUCGAGGAGGAGUAUCGCACCCUCCAGGCCAAUCAACAAAGCAUUCUUCAGACCUUGAAACAGCACAGGGAUGAUGAUGUCUCGAGAGGCCAGGCAGUCAAAAACCAAAAGGCGCUAUGGGAUAAGACCCUGGAAAUGAGAUUCUUGCUGCAAAAGGCAUUUACCACUUCAAACAAGCUUCCCAAGGAUCCCACCAAGUCAAGGUUCUGCAGUCACGAUAAGGAGAUAGAGCAAGCAUACGUUGAUCUGUUGGACUCGUCGAAACAGACUCUUGGCUCCAUGCUUGAGCUGCAGGAGGCUUUACUAGAGCGGAACCAGGCCGCAAAGGGUGUGAAAGAUGCUUUGCCUAAUUCAACUGGAGAGAAUGACGAGUGGUUGCAAAUGCAGAAAGUGCAGACAAGAAUAACCCUGUUCAGAAAUACUGAGAUAGAUAAAUGGCAGAGGAAAACACAGGUCACAACUGGCGCUGCUGCACUGAAAGGAAAGUUGCACGCAUUUAAUCAGAACAUAAGUGACCAAGUUGCUGGUUAUAUGAGGGACCCAAGCAGGAUGAUUAACAGGAUGUACCUGCGGAAAUCUGAUGUUGGUGUAUUUGGGGAGAGUGCAGCACAGCCUGCUACUGCUGUUGAGGGCAAAGAUGUGGAAGGUGAUCCUGAACUCAUCGAUGAUUCUGAAUUUUAUCAUCAACUUCUCAAGGAGUUUCUCGAGUCAUGUGAUACGGGGGCAUCUGAAUCCGCAUUUUAUGCUCUGAGGAAGAAGCAGCACAAGAAGAGAAAACUUGUUGACCGCCGUGCUUCGAAGAGCAGAAAGAUAAGGUACAGUGUCCACGAGAAGAUUGCUAAUUUCAUGGCCCCGGUACCGAUGACAGUUCCUCCGAUGGCUUCAAAAUUGUUUGAGAAUUUAUUUGGAAUGGGCAACCAAAAGGCCCCUGCGGUCUGA